GAAGCUGCAAAGUUGUGUCGUCACUUCCGCUCAUUGACUCUAGCUUGCAUCAUUUCUCGUGUCUUCUCAUCCGGCAGCCGAACAUACGUCAUGGUAGAGUCAGUCCCUGAGUCCAUCACCUUUCCCUCUGAGGAGGAGAAGAUCUUGCAGUUUUGGCAGGAAGAAGACUGCUUUAACGAGUGCCUCAAACAGUCUAAGAACAGGCCCAGGUACACCUUCUACGAUGGCCCCCCCUUUGCCACGGGGUUACCCCAUUAUGGGCACAUCCUAGCUGGUACCAUCAAGGACAUCGUUACCCGCUUUGCCCAUCAGAGUGGCUUCCACGUGGACCGGCGCUUUGGCUGGGAUUGCCAUGGCCUGCCUGUGGAGUAUGAGAUCGAUAAGACUUUGGGGAUCAAAGGGCCUGAAGAUGUGGCCAAGAUGGGCAUCGCCGAGUACAACAAGCAGUGUCGGAACAUUGUCAUGAGAUAUUCUCAUGAAUGGGAGAUCUCUGUGAAUAGAAUGGGCAGGUGGAUUGACUUCAAGCAUGACUACAAGACUCUUUAUCCGUGGUUCAUGGAAAGUGUCUGGUGGGUGUUUAAGCAGCUGUACGACACAGGUUUUGUGUAUCGUGGUGUUAAAGUUAUGCCUUACUCUACCGCCUGCAACACCCCGCUCUCCAACUUUGAGGCCAAUCAGAACUACAAGGAUGUUCAGGAUCCCUCUGUGAUUGUCAACUUUCCUUUGGUUGGGGAAGAGGAUGUGUCUUUGAUCGCUUGGACAACCACACCCUGGACACUGCCGAGCAACCUGGCCCUCUGUGUUAACCCAGAGAUGCUGUACGUCAAGGUCAAAGAUAACGCCACAGACAAGACCUACAUCAUGAUGGAGGCCAGACUCGGAGCUGUUUUUAAGUCGGAGGCUGAAUAUACAAUCUUGGACAGAUUUGCUGGCAAGGUCCUAAAAGGGAAAAAGUACAAACCUCUUUUUAUGUACUUCUCAAAGUGUGGGGAGAAAGGAGCCUUCCAGGUGGUGACGGACAACUAUGUGAAGGAGGAAGAGGGCACAGGAGUGGUCCACCAGGCACCUUACUUUGGAGCUGAUGAUUACAGGGUGUGCACCGAAUACAACAUCAUCCAGAGAGACCAAGCUCCUAUCUGUCCUGUGGAUGCCUCAGGCUGCUUCACUUCAGAGGUCACUGACUUUGCAGGACAGUAUGUCAAAGAUGCUGAUAAGAACAUCAUUAAGAUGCUGAAGGAAAGGGGACGCCUGGUCAAUGCCUGCACCUUCAAACACAACUACCCUUUCUGCUGGAGGUCUGACACCCCCCUGAUCUACAAAGCUGUCCCCAGCUGGUUUGUGCGAGUGGAGCACAUGGUGGAGAAGCUUCUGGACUGCAAUGGAAAAUGCUACUGGGUUCCAGAGUUUGUACGUGAAAAACGUUUUGGAAACUGGCUGAGAGACGCACGGGACUGGGCUAUUUCCAGAAAUCGUUACUGGGGCACACCGAUCCCCCUGUGGGUCAGCGACGACUACGAGGAGGUUGUUUGCAUUGGGUCCAUGGCUGAACUGGAGGAGCUGACUGGAGUCAAAGUUACAGAUCUGCAUCGGGAAAGCAUUGACAAUCUGACAAUCCCAUCACGUCGCGGUAAAGGCGUGCUGCGGAGGGUUUCGGAGGUGUUCGACUGCUGGUUUGAGAGCGGCAGCAUGCCUUACGCUCAGGUCCACUACCCAUUCGAAAAUAGGAAGGAGUUUGAGGACAGUUUCCCAGCAGACUUCAUCGCUGAAGGGAUUGACCAGACCAGAGGCUGGUUCUACACCCUGCUGGUCCUCUCCACGGCACUGUUUGGAAAACCGCCCUUCAAGAACGUCAUUGUUAAUGGACUGGUGCUCGCCAGUGAUGGGCAGAAGAUGAGCAAGCGCAAGAAGAACUACCCAGAUCCAGGGCUGAUUGUGCAAAACUAUGGAGCCGAUGCCCUCAGAUUGUAUCUCAUCAACUCACCUGUGGUGCGAGCGGAGAACCUACGAUUCAAAGAGGAAGGUGUGCGAGACGUGUUGAAGGACGUCUUCUUGCCGUGGUACAACGCCUAUCGCUUCCUGGUGCAGAAUGUUCAGAGAUUGGAAAAGGAGGAUAAGAUCCAGUUCCUGUACAACGAGAACACGGUGAAGCAGAGCGACAACAUUAUGGACAAGUGGAUCCAGUCGUUCACACAGUCUCUCAUUCAGUUCUUCAAGGCUGAGAUGAACGCUUACCGCUUGUACACGGUCGUGCCUCGCCUGGUCAAGUUUGUGGACAUGCUCACCAACUGGUACGUCAGGACCAACAGGCGCCGUCUGAAGGGUGAGCGUGGCACUGAGGACUGCCUGUGGGCGCUGGAAACCCUCUUCAGCGUUCUGUUCUCCAUGUGCAGGCUGAUGGCUCCUUUCACACCCUUCAUUACAGAAAUGAUGUACCAAAAUCUGCGUCACCUCAUUGACCCCGCCUCUGUUGAAGAAAAGGACACCAACAGCAUCCACUAUCUCAUGCUGCCACAAGUCAGGGAGAGUUUGAUCGACAAGCGUAUUGAACGUGCUGUCUCUCAGAUGCAGUCAGUGAUUGAGCUGGGCAGAGUGAUCAGAGACAGGAAGACCCUGCCCGUCAAGUACCCACUGAAGGAGGUAGUGGUUAUCCACCAGGACCCAGAAGCUCUGGAAGACAUCCAGUCUCUGCAGAAAUACAUCCUUGAAGAGCUAAAUGUGCGACAGCUGACAUUUUCAACUGACAAGGACAAGUACGGUAUCCGCCUAAGAGCCGAGCCAGACCACAUGGUGCUGGGCAAGAGAUUAAAGGGCGCCUUCAAGUCUGUCACUGCUUCUAUCAAGAAGCUCACCAGUGAGCAACUAGAAGUCUUCCAGAAGACAGGAUCAAUCGUGGUGGACGGCCAAGAGCUCCACGAGGAAGACCUGAGGCUGAUGUACACCUUCGAUCAGACCUCUGGCUCUACUGCACAGUACGAAGCUCACUCUGAUGCACAGGUCCUCGUGCUGUUGGACGUCACCCCGGACCAGUCCAUGUUGGAUGAGGGUGUUGCCAGAGAGGUCAUCAACCGCAUUCAAAAACUACGUAAGAAGGGACAUUUGGUGCCGUCUGAUGAAAUAACCGUGUACUACCGCUGCCGACCAGAGGGGGAAUACUUGGCAUCUGUGAUCCAGGCUCACACCGACUUUAUUCUGGCCACCACCAAGGCUCCACUUCUGCUCUUCCCUGUUCCCGAUACUGCCAGCGUCAUCAUAGAGGAAACGACUCCGUUGAAGGGCUCAGACUUGGAGUUGACCAUAGUAAAAGGAUCUUCAUCUCCUCGAGCAAUACUAAACGGACCAGCCUGCACAUAUGUCAACCUCAGAGUGAAGGUCAACCACAAAGAACAAGAGGGUGUUGUGCUGUUGGAGAACCCCAGAGGGGAUAACAGACUUGACUGGAACAAACUGAAGAAUGCCUGCAGGAACAUUUUUGGAACCAACAACACCUCACUGAGAUUCUUCAGUGGUGGAACCGAAUUGUCCAACGAAACUGAUCUGCAAGCCCUGAGUGGCAAAACUUUGUUGGUGGUGUCAGACCCCUCCUCUCUGGGCUCUGCCCCCCCUGCUGCUGACACCCUACUGUGUCCCUAUGUUAACCUGUUGCUGUGCGAUGCACAGCCAGCUGAGUGCCAGGCUGGAGAUGUUGGUACCCUCCUGUUGGUGAACCCGAUGGGUCAGAAUGCGCUUGAUUACUCUGGUCUGCUCUCUGAGACAGCUAAAGUUUUCGGCCUUCGCAGUAGGCGGCUUAAACUCUACCUAGACCAGGACCAAAGUCAUGAACUGCCAGCUGAUUCAUCAGUAAAAGCUCUUAACAGCAAAACUCUCUUUGUGAGAGUUCUUCCAACCACCGCCGAAGCUUAAACCUGUUUGUCUCAGACUCAAGCCCCCAGUAAAGGCCUAUCAACACCCCAAAGCUCCUGGGAUUUACCAUGAAGUUAAAACAACAUAAAGUCACAUUAUUUUUUGGGUUGGGUCAUCUUUUAGAAAUCCUGCUGCAAAUCAGAACCAAGAGCUCUGCUGUUGAAGACUAUGUUCAUGUGUCAAGGUGUUUUGAACUUAUUGGUGUUAAAACAAUCCAGUACAUGGUUUAAUUUAUUUUAUUAGCACUUAGGUAGCCAAUUAUCUUUCUCCAUGGUCAUAUUCUUUAACUCCUGCAUUCAUUUAUCAGCUGUAUUAGGUGAAUUUCAGACAAAACAAGAAGAUAUGUUGGUAAAAUUGUUCUUUGUCAUUGGACAAAUGUUAAAAAAUGGCAUUUGCUGGUAAAAAACAGAAUUUUUUUGGUCAGAGUACACACAUGCAACAUUUCUGACGAACAGAAAAAUGAAAAAGAUUAAUUUGUUACACAUUGUAGAGCUUUUUCUUUCUAUGUAGAAAAGAUUCCAGGAAACUAACUCGAUGAACUGUCACAGUUACCAAUGGCUGCUUCUCUUUAUUAUGAUAAUGAUGCAGGUUACUUUCUUUCGUGACUUAUUUGCAGUGUGCUCCACCCUUAGUAAUUAUGCUUUGGCACAUAAUUGCACAAGGAAUUUGGGCCAUUGUGCUUCUACAUUAUUGUGACUCUAACAGAUAAGCCUAUUGUGUUUUAAUAUUAUUAUUAUUUUUUUUCCCCUGGGAGUUCUUAUUAAACAGAAAAGGCAUUUAAAAGGUGAAAUGGAUUUUUGGGCUGUUGUGCUUUUAAGACAUAAAGGAUUCUGUCAUAAAGAGCAACAAAUGUAAUAUUUUAAGUGACAAGCAGAAUAAAUCAAAGGUGACUAAGAAA